CACCAAAUGAAAGGAGAGGAUAACUAUAAGAAGGGGCUAUGGACAAAGGGAGAUAGGAUCCUACUGGAUUAUAUACAGGUGCACGGUAGAGGGCGGUGGAACCGUAUUUCUAAGAUAACAGGUUUGAAGAGGUGUGGGAAGAGCUGCAGAUUAAGGUGGAUGAAUUAUCUGAGCCCCAGUGUAAAACACGGCCAGUUUACAGAGCAAGAGGAAGACCUCAUCAUUCGACUCCAUAAUCUCCUUGGAAACAGGUGGUCUUUGAUUGCUGGAAGGGUUCCUGGAACAGACAACCAAGUGAAGAACCAUUGGAACUCUCAUUUGUGCAAGAGGCUCGGCAUCAAGAAGAAGAACAGAAAAACAGCCGUCACCUCCUUAAAGCCACAUUCUACCAAUGUGGAUAACACUCCCAAACGCCAAGCCCUAGUGGACUCCAUUUCUAAGCCUUUUCACGAUAAUAAUAUGGAUGUGGUGGAUUUACAAGGAGGCAAUGCCCUCUGAGCGGCGCCCAGGUUUCCGAGGAGCAACCAGCGGAGAUGGGCUGGCAUUGCGUUGACUCCUUCUGGGCCUCCACUGCUGAGCAUUUAAGGGAGUGUACCCCAACUUCAAUAGAAUUUCU